CGCGGUGACGUCAGCGCGGGUCAGCGCGUUAGGAGAAUCAGCGCGGCGAAGGGACCGGCGGGGCGCGGAGCUGUGGGAGGUGAAGAGCGGAUUCUGUUCGCGGUCUGCGGGGUCACUGGUAGGAGACUUCCCGAGGUCCUGUCCGCAGGCUGCAGUGACCGGGCUUUCACUGGAGCGGAAGCUGCUGGAAGGCAGACCGGCUACCAUGUCCACAUUCAGGCAGGAAGAUGUGGAAGACCAUUAUGAGAUGGGGGAGGAGCUGGGCAGCGGCCAGUUUGCCAUUGUGCGGAAAUGCCGGCAGAAGGGCACUGGGAAGGAGUAUGCAGCCAAGUUCAUCAAGAAACGCCGCCUGUCAUCCAGCCGGCGGGGGGUCAGCCGGGAGGAGAUCGAGCGGGAGGUGAACAUCCUGCGGGAGAUUCGGCACCCCAACAUCAUCAUGCUACAUGACAUCUUUGAGAAUAAGACCGAUGUGGUGCUCAUCCUGGAGCUGGUUUCUGGUGGGGAGCUCUUUGAUUUCUUGGCCGAGAAGGAGUCGCUGACAGAGGAUGAGGCCACUCAGUUCCUUAAGCAGAUCCUGGAUGGCGUCCACUACCUACACUCCAAGCGUAUCGCUCACUUUGACCUCAAGCCCGAAAACAUCAUGCUCCUAGACAAGAACGUGCCCAACCCACGCAUCAAGCUUAUUGACUUUGGCAUCGCUCACAAGAUUGAAGCCGGGAACGAGUUCAAGAACAUCUUUGGCACCCCAGAAUUUGUUGCUCCUGAGAUUGUCAACUAUGAACCCCUGGGUCUGGAGGCGGACAUGUGGAGCAUUGGUGUCAUCACCUAUAUCCUUUUGAGUGGCGCAUCCCCAUUCCUGGGUGAGACCAAGCAGGAGACCCUGACCAAUAUCUCAGCCGUGAACUAUGACUUCGAUGAGGAGUACUUUAGCAACACCAGCGAGCUGGCCAAGGACUUCAUCCGCCGGCUGCUUGUCAAGGACCCCAAGAGGAGAAUGACCAUCUCCCAGAGCCUGGAGCAUUCCUGGAUCAAGGCGAUCAGGCGGCGGAAUGUGCGGAGGGAAGACAGUGGCCGGAAACCGGAGCGUCGGCGCCUGAAGACAGCCCGCCUCAAGGAGUACACUAUCAAGUCCCAUUCGAGCAUGCCCCCCAACAAUACCUACAUCAACUUCGAGCGCUUCUCCAAGGUACUGGAGGAGGUGGCGGCGGCCGAGGAGGGCCUGCGUGGGCUGGAACACAGCCGGCGGCUCUUCCAUGAGGACAUCGAGGCCCUGACAGCCAUCUAUGAAGAGAAGGAGGCCUGGUACAGGGAGGAGAACGAGAGCAUUGGCCAGGACCUGCGACGGCUGCGGCAAGAGCUGCACAAGACCGAGGCCCUCCAGCGGCAGGCCCAGGAAGAGGCCAAGGGUGCCCUGCUAGGGGCCAGCGGGCUCAAGCGCCGCUUCAGCCGCCUUGAGAACCGCUACGAGGCUCUGGCCAAGCAGGUGGCCUCCGAGAUGCGGUUUGUGCAGGAUCUUGUACGCGCCAUGGAGCAGGAGAAGCAACAGGAGGUGGAAUGUGGCCUCCGCUAGAGCCACGUGGAGGGUGGGUCCAGAGGGUUCUGGUGGUGGGUGUCCCCUUCACAGCCCUGGAGCCAUGCCCCUCUGUCUUCAUUCUCUGGCUCUAGAGAGUUCCCGGGCUGGGGCUGAGAUGGGAAGAGGCUGGACUGGGUGGGAUGUGCUUCCUGAGGCCCAGAAUUCACUGCUGAGAGGAGGGGCUUGGGCGGCUCUGCCCCAGGAAGACGAUGCUGAUCUGGGCAGCCUCUGCACAGCCUGCCUCCCCUGGCUUAGCCUCCCUUACCCCCCACACACCUCUCUCUUUCUCUCUCUCAUUCUCACAAUGGUGACAGGGGGUGGGGUGGUGGUGGCGCUUCUGGGGUAGUGUCAUUUCUGGAACUCUGAACUCUCUGUAAGGGGGUGGUACAUCCAAGAUGGACUGGCCGUGUGGACACACAUGCUUCAUGCCUGGCCCGGUGGCAGGGAGGCAGCCUUCAUGUCUCGGGUCAGGGGGCUGCAGGGCAGGCAGAGUACAUGGAGCAGGGCCUGGCCACCAUCUUCAGGCCCUCCCUGCCCAUCCAAGCGCACCCAGCCUCGGGGCGGGUUUCCGAGGGCCCCUGCAUGCCCCCGGGCUCGGAAUCGCAGGGGCCUCUGCUGGAUAUGGGCUCUCCUGCGAGCUGAACGGAAAUAAAGCCCGAUUCUGACAUUUA